AUGUUAAGCCCGUUGGUUCAAUCACUAGCUACCCAAAUGACGGGAGUCCUGCCUAUCACAGUCACGCCCAUCACCUUCGAUUACAUGAAUACCAAUGUUCCUACCGCCACUAGUGAUCCUGGGUAUGCGGUUACCGGAACGGCGCUGUUCCCUACUGCUUCAGACACUAUUCUAGACUCCUAUGACUACGAGAAUCCCUCCAACUAUACUCAGUGUGUUGACAUGGCUUCAGACUACGGUAUCUUGAUGAACCGACUGGUCUCGUAG